UCUUUGUAAACAGAAUGAUACAGUCUCUCUGUUCGUUGAGACGUUGAGUCCAUCGAUUCGGUUUGGUAUGUUUACUAUAGUUCCGAUAGGGUAAUACGAUAUCCGAAGGGAGGAGAGCCAGAUGGGGAGUGGUAGGUCAUGGAAGAAGCGCAUGGAGGCGGAGGUGGAGCGGCGGAACCAACUACUGGAAGCUUCUAGAAAGUCCGACGGAAGUGAAUUUUGCUGGUUGUUUGUUGUCUGGAUCUCCUCAAGGAAAGGAAAGAAAAUUCAGAGUUGCGUUUCACUUGAACGCGCUGCCGUGGUGGAGCGGCUUGCGUUUGUUGACAACUCUCAUGGAGAGGUUUCCUUGGUCUUUUAUGCAUCCACCGAACUCCUUUCCGACAGAUUACUUGAGAUAUGUUAAACGAUCCGAAUCAAGCUGUUAGGGAAGCUUCACUUCUGCGCAUUGAGGUUAUUGGUAACAGGAACUCAGGAAAAGAUGUAUGUAUCACACGCAAAUACUCUUACGUGGAAGAUGUCGUCGCCUUCAUCGCCAUCUUCUUCUUCAGGGUUCAGUUUCUUCCUUAAGGUUUUACCAAGUGGAGAUGUUAUCUUGAUUGAAGCAAGCAGAAGGGACAGAGUGAGUGAUAUAAUGGCUAGAAUCAAGAUUAAUAAGAAGAUUCCAGGGUUUGAGCAGUGCGCAUUAGUCUACGGCGGUAGACAGUUACAAAGCCACCAGCUUCUCUGCGAUUGCUCCAUAGAAAAGAACACUUUGGUGUUUCUGAUUGUUGGUCCUAAUCCCUGGCCUGCGGUUGAUUCUCUUCUUGACACUGUGUGCAGAGUGUACCAAGGACUGGGUGUUGACAACGAUGAAAUCAGUGACAAGCUCAACUUGUUCUUUCACAACAUUCCUUGGUACGAUGACAAGUUAGCUUUUGAAUAUCUACAGCUUCCUCAGUUCCAACGGCUCUUGCCAUGUUAUACUCUUCCUUCAAGGAAGAAUUUGCCAAAGAUUCUGUAGCUUGCUUAAGAAAGUCCGCCCCCAGAAGAACCUCUACUUGGCCUGCUGGAAUGUGUUCGCAUCCAUGUCAGAUUGUGUCUCCACCUGCGGCGAGGGCAUGAAGUCGUUCAUUACAAGGGCUGUCGUCUCGUUUAGUAUCGAGGUAGCUAUUCUACUUCAGAACACUACCAUUCUUGAAAAUAUGACACAUGCUGAGGUGUUUGCUGAACUAUUGACAUCUUUGGGGAAAGUUUUGGAGGAUGAAUCACAGUUAACGUCACGUCAUUUCUCUGUUAUUGCUUUGUCUAGUGGCUUCUACAAAUUUCGUAAAGAAGAACUUAUUGGUGUUCUAAGCACUAGAAGGGCUUCACUCUGCAGUCUUGUCAUCAGAUUUGCAGAGAAGGGUACUAACCACCAGUGGUUAAAUGAGUAGAAGGAGCUGACUAACUUCGAAGCUAGGAGGCAUUUAGCGAUGUUGAUGAUGGUUCCUAACGCGAAUCACUUCAACAAGAAGAUUAUCAGAAUUCACAGGGAUAAUCUAUUAGCAGAAUCGUUCCAGCAAAUAAGUGAUGCAAGCUCUGAGUCACUCCAACACGGGAUUUCUGUAGAGUUUAUAGAUGAACAAGGCGUCGGGGAUGGCGUUACUCGGGAAUGGUUCGAGCUUGUAUCUAAUGAGAUUUUCAUUUCUAAAGAAGUACAAGUUGAGGAAGAAGUAGAAGUAGAAGUAGAAGAAGUAGAAGUUGAGGAAGAAGUAGAAGUUGUUCAUCCAUUCCAUGUUCCAUGUUCUGACUUUACAAGAAGAUUCUCUCCCAAUCCAAUAUUCGUUGAAUGGGAACAGUUUGAGUUUGCAGGUCGUUUGAUGGGUCUUUCACUGAUCCACAACAUGCAACUGAAUGUGUUUCUCGACAGUGCCUUUUUCUUACAUCUUGCUGGAGUGGUAAUCUGCUUAGAAGACAUAAAAGAAACUGAACCAGAGCUGCACAAGACUUUGAAGUCAAUGUUAGAAGGACAUGGUCUUGAAGAUUUGACAUUUGAGAUUGAUAUUCAGACAGGGAAAAAUGUCUACUCCUUAGAGGAGCUGUGUGAAGACUAUCUCCAAACAGUCAUCUUUUUUUGCAAAGGGGUUCACUGAUUUGCUUUUGGGUUCUUCACCUCAUAAGUCAUUCUUCCAAGUCUUGAGUUUGGAAGAUUUGGAUCUCAUUUUUGGGGGAGAUCAAGUUGGAAUCAGGAUAGAAGACUGGAAAAAUCAUACAAUCUAUGGAGGAGAGGGCUAUGGAUAUCAAGCCACUGAUAAACAGAUUUUGUGGUUUUGGGAAGUAGUUGAGGGGAUGAGUAAGGAACAGCAGAUGAACUUACUGAAGUUUUGGACAUCGACUUCUUAUUUACCGCAUGGAGGAAUUGGGGGGUUAUCGAGAAAGCUUCAGAUUUUGAAAAUUGAACAAGAAUAUCCAACAUCUGCCACAUGUUUGUAUAGUCUCAAACUCCCACCAUAUGACACCUUUGAGAACAUGAAGUUUUGGCUUGAGUUUGUCGCUGAAGAGGAAAACUGCAGAGGAUUUGGGAUGCAAUGAGAAUCAAAGUAAUGUUAGAAUGGUGUUUUUAGUCUGACUAGCCUUAACAAAUUUGUUUGUGGUUGACGUUAUCUAGUAAUGUUUUGGUUGAAUACUUACGGUACAUCCCAAUGGACAGGAAGUUUUAUCUUUUAUAUAUUUAGUUGAUGACCGAAUACAGAAUAUUCUGAUCUUA